AUGGCCACCCUGGCUGCCGCAGCUUGUUCUAGCAACGCAGAGGUAUUUGCCAGCUCGAAAACAUGCUGUAACGCCCUAAGGGAGGAAGGCAGUCCGUCAAACACAUUUUACCCAGACCAGCCGGGCUACAAUGCGUCCAUGGAAGGGUUCUGGUCGCUCCAGACAACCUUUGACACCCCCUCGUGCAUCGUCAAGCCGAGGUCUUCGCAGGAAGUCGCGACCACGGUGCAGCUAUUUGCCAGGCUCUCUUGCAAGUUUUCGAUCAAAGGAGGGGGCCACACGCCAUGGGCGGGAGCCGCGUCCAUCAGCGACGGGGUGACUAUCGACAUGACCGACAUGAGUGAUGUAGCGCUUAAUGCUAACAAAACUGUUGCUCGAAUCGGCGCCGGCGCCCGCUUCGGCAAAGUCUACCGGGCCCUCGAGGAACAGGGCAUGAUGGUCGCAGCAGGACGUGAUGCAAAUGUUGGGUUUGGAGGCCUCGUCCUUGGUGGCGGAUUCUCCUGGUUCACCUCGACCAUGGGGCUCGUGGCAGACGGACUAGUGAACAUCGAGCUCGUCACUGGAGACGGGAAGAUCAUCAACGCCAACGCCUCCUCCAAUGCAGACCUGUUCCAAGGACUGAAGGGCGGCGGGAACAACUUUGGUGUUGUGACUCGCUACGACUUGAAGGCCUUUGAAUUCUCCGAGAUGUGGGGUGGCCUCAGAAUCUACCCAAACACCACGCAAGACCAGCAGAUUGACGCCUUUGUCAACUUCACAAACAAUCUCCAGACCGAUACGAAUGCCAACAUAAUCAACUUCUCCGCGUACAGCGCUGCCUCCGGACUCCACCUCAACUGGAACUUCAUGCACUACACGAAGCCCAUAGUGGACCCCCCUAUCUACGCCGAGUUCGAUAGGAUUCCGGGUAAGCUCACCGAUUCGACCCGGAUUGCCACAGUUUCCAAUCUCACCGCGGAGCUGGGCACCAGUGAGCAAAGAGCCAGGAACCUCUUUCUGACCCUCAGCUUCGCCAACGAUGCGGCGAUGUACAAGUCGGCAGUUGACAUUUCCAACUCUUACCUGAACGAUUUCUUGGACACGCCUGGCCUUCUCUGGGUUCAGCUCUUCCAGCCUAUAAACACGAUCAUCAGCAAAGCCUCUGUCGCUAAUGGUGGUAACAUUAUGGGAGUCGAUCGCAACAAGGACAACAUCAUCAUGUACCAGCUCUUCUUAACCUGGGACAACGACAGCGAUGACGAAGACCUCAUCAACGCCGCGUACGCCAGCAUCGAGGCGAUCAAAGCCAAGACCGUCGCCACCGGCACCGACAACCCCUUCAUCUAUCUCAACUACGCCGGCAAGUUCCAGGACCCGCUCGGCGGCUAUGGCAAGGCCAACGUCGCGAAGCUCGCCCAGUUGUCCGCCAAGUACGACCCGAAUGGCGUCUUCCAGAGGCUGGUGCCGGGCGGGUUCAAAAUCGCCAAUGCGAAUCCUACCACGCCGUAG